UGUUUAUGGUUUAUAUUCCUUAUUACUACUAUUACGUACGUGCUACAAUAAAUUCACUACCCGUUGUAAUCGGGUUCAGAAAUGCACAGAGUACACUGAACACGCUUCAAACUAUCCUGUUAUAUUCGAAACGUUUGGCGAUGAUUCUGAUCUGACUAAGUAAAAGCGGGUCAUUUCUGGUAAUGGUAUGAUUUCAUAAAAAUGAAGGAUACUUGAUAAAAUUAAAUCGCUGUUUUUAAUGUAGUGGGGAUUUGAAAACAUGGUGUUUGUUUAAAGUUUACCACGUCUAACAUCAACCCUGGUGUCUUUUUUCUAUUUGUUUAUCAUAUAUUUUCUCGGUGUUAAAUCUCCCCCAUUAAUUUUGCAACCACACAAGCACGUUUCUGCUAGAUGGCCAGCCUAACCGAUAAACGCCAUAGUCGUAUAGCACUACAUGGAUACAGAUAUUGUCUCCUAUAACACAGCUGCUUGUUGUAUAGAUAUCGUUUUGAAGAGAUAGAGAUAUGUAUGUAUGUCGUGCUGCCACACUACUGUAGAGAUAGCACUUUGUAUUGCGUAUACUACUGAACAGCUUCGCUCGCUGUGGAGAUAUAUAUUGGCGUAUUAUAAAUUACUCGGUUUUUGGUGGACCUAUCAAUUGUAAUGUAUAGCCGACUGCCGAUACUGUACAGAUUUCGUGUUGUAUGGGACUGCUUGGCGUAAAGACAUCACAUUCUAUAACCCUGUUUCCUGUACAGAUAUCUAGUGUAUAGCGUGGCUUGUCGUAGAAUUGACAUCUUAACAUGUCUGUGAGUAUAAAACGUUCUGCGGAUAAACUUUGCUUACUAUUUGAAAAGUUUUUUUCAAGAAAGUCGACGGAUCGUAGGCACCUUAACUAGUAUUGUGCAGCAAGUGUUUCAAGUUAUUGUUAAGCUCGAGCAUGAGACCAAGGACGUUGCCUUCGCUAGCGGAGAUACACCCGAGAGAGCUUCGUUACUUUCUGUCUCUACUUAUCUACCUUGUUCCCUUUCAUUCAUUUCUUAUUUUAUGCAGUUCAACAGGAAAACGGUUCUGUGUUCGAAAACUGCUAUCCAGAUUUACAUUAUGUUUAUGACUUAAUAAGUUCAAUUUUUUUCCCGUUUGCUACAGCGAAAAAAUAUUUGAAGUUAUUUGUGUCAGUCGAAAGGGUAAGACAACCGUGUCAGAACUUGCAUCUUUGUUAACACAAAAGUUAUCAUUUAUGAUAAUUUGCCUUUCUUUGUUUGAACUUUCUUUAAAAGGGAAGUUAUCCGGCCAAUAUAGCGAUAUAAAUGGGUUACUUCGAUAAUAUCAUAACGAUAGUGUAUAGACCACGAACCAUAUGCAAGAGGCCUGUCGGGAUUAAGAGAUAGAGGCGCCUUUCUAGCUGUGGAGUGGUGAUGUUUCCCUGACUGGCAAGAACACAUAACGGAGAAAGUUGUUAACUUGGAAUAUCGCUAAUUUUACGGAUUUACGGCUGUUGGUUGAGAUUCACUUCAUGUCCGCGAGAGAACACUGAUGAGUCCGUGUAUGGGCACAUGGUUCGAGCUGGUUCAACCUGAAAGGCCAUGUUCACUGAUUUUAUAUUUUAUACAUUACGAUUCCUUUUAGGAAUAAACAGGGUACCUAAUCUGUUUAAUGACAAGAAAAAAGGCAUUCGAAAUGGUAUGAGUUCUGAAUUAAAGGUGCCCAGUUAAAACAACAUGUCGUGGACAGGCCACAACAACCUUCAGCUGGUUCAGUUUAGUUUUAGCGCAGCAAUUACAUGCAGUCCAAUCUCACUGAUGUUAGAUAAUUAAACGGAAUCGCUCAGUUCGAAACUUGGCAUCGCUGUGAAGUUUUAGAGAAACCUAACGGAAAAAAUCCCUUACGACUAUCGACUGAUGUACCACUAGAUGAAGGCAAGAAAACCUAAAAAGCAAAAACGUCCGUGCACGUGGUUAUGUAGUCAACAAUACAGACUCAGUUAUUCUAUCUACCCAGUUGAACGUGCAUGAAGUUACCGCGAAAUCGAUGCACAGGUAGUUGUCGUUUGAAAAGAUACAGUUAGCAUUUUCAGAAUAAAGGAAAACGUCUAAUCCACUGAAAAAAAAAAUUGAGGUAAAAACCAUCAGAGGAAACCUGAGUUUUUGUUAAUUUUAAUACAGCGCGCAAUCCUCGUGGCUUUAAGAAAAACGUAGAUGGAGAUGAAUUUAAUACAGAAAUUAGUAAUAUGAUCCAAUGUGGACUAGUUAAAUUCAUCCUUAUCAGAAAGCUGUAUACACAUCUAAAUGCUUCGAUGACACAUUUAAUUUCAUCAUAUCACUUUUCUUUAGUGUCGUCGGUAUGACUUUGAUGUACGACUGUGUCAAUCUUUCCUCUCACACCCUCGAUUUAUGAAUUUUAAGUUUACCAGUUUAAACGGUUUUCAAUAAGAUUAAUGGGGCUUCGAUUACUUUUGAGGUAAAAUUAUUACUCUAUUUUCUACUUGAGCUGUUAAUUGGUAAGGGUUCUUAAAAAUUUAGCAUUAACAACAACAUGUUUGUAAAUGGAAUAUAGCUUUCAUAAUUAUUAUUGGGCGCCAUUUAUUCUUUGAAAGAGCGUUAGUUGAAUUUUCCAUAAUUAAAUCUUCUCUCAAAAUGUCGUCCUCAUUUGAACGUUGUUUUAACAGUUUGUUCGCCUUUCAGCCGGGUAGUUUUGUUCUCGCCUAUUGUUAAUACUUUGUUUUCACAAGCUAAAAGCAUAAAUGGAUAAAACCUGUCUUCUGCUCUACGAAAAACAAAUAUUGCAUCUAGAGAGAAAAGAGUGAUAAGACCUUUACCCAGUGUUAACAAACAUAGCUUUUAUAGGGAACAUGGCAGUGGUGUUCACGUCAUAGCGUGGACUACUCAGUGCCAACCACACUUCAGCUGUGUAGAAACAGCAUCACGUGGCAUUGACUGAGUGUCUAUCAACUCAUUGAUUCGCACGGAAAGGAUUUUAUUGGGUGGCUGAUGAGAGAGACAAGCACAGUGUUUAGUUCUAGAGGAGGAUCGCAUUGUCACGUGUCUCGACACUCAUGCUAUUGGAGUCCUCCAUACACAUGUCUUACACCAGCCCAUGGAUACAGCUACCAUACCAACUCUUCUUUCUACAGCACCUCCUCAGAUCCUUUCACUAACUGUAAUAACAGACACCCAUCAACCUCAUCAGAUAUAUGUACCCAGUCUAUUCAUGAACAAGGACGAUCGCGCAAACCCAGGAGACCCUGGACGCGAGCAGUGUUCUCUAACUUGCAGCGGAAAGGACUUGAGAAGCGCUUUCAGGUGCAGAAAUACCUAACAAAAGCAGAUAGACAUCAGCUAGCUGCAAUGCUGGGUUUAUCCGACAAUCAAGUCAAGGUGUGGUUUCAAAACAGACGAAUGAAAUGGAGACAAGAGGCCAGAGAAUCUGUCACAAGCACUAACAAUGAACAAGACGAUGCUUCAGAGGAAAGCUAACAAACAAUAAAUGUGUAGUGACAACGAUGUGAUCCCGUGACACGUGAUAAUCGACGACAGAAUGGCUCCUAUCGACGAACAUACUGUCUCUGUACUAUAAUUAAAAGAGACGCCAGAAAGCAAUUCUGGACUAUAGUCAAACUAUGUAAAUAUAUGAAUGACCAAAUAAACAACACGUUAUUUGGUGAUAUCAACAAACAGUGAAUCCACUUUACAUGAAGCACGAAAACCUCUUUAUAGUCGUAAAAUCCUGUGUAAAAACCUGUGAUAAUACCAAGCGACCCUCAGACUCUCUGAGUAGAUCCAAAAGAAUUGGAUCCACAACACCUCGACUGAUAUUAAUCAAUCUGAAACCGCGUUUUUGAAUUCCUAACCCAAACAAUAUUUUAUUGCGGUGCAGGU